UCAAUGGUUGCCAUCCCGUAGCCUUCAAUGUCCCGCCCAUCUCACAGAACCAACAAUAUCUGCCACCUACUGCUCGUCAGUCUAUUACUCUCUGCUUAGUGCAUGCGCAAUGUGUCAGGGAUCGUCGCUAGACACGUUUACUGUAUGGACACAGGGAUGUCCACAGGUUAAUAUCAGCAUGGGAACUGGAACCAUAAUUCCUCCCUGGGCUUUCCUACCGCUGUCGGGCGAAUCCUUUGACCUAAUUGCAGCUGGAAGAAAUGCCACUGGUGAUGCAGACUUUGGACACGAUUCACCCGCGCUAUCAACUGCAGCCAUCGUCGGUCUUACGCUCGGUUCUGUAGCGGCGUUACUUUUGGUUAUCGCUGCAAUUUGGUUGUACUGCAAGACGUUUGCUGCCAGGACUAAUUACGGACAGGUGCACACUUCCAGUCAGAAUAGCAAUAGCGAACGAUCGCGCGUUCGUUACGACAAGAUUGAAGGCCCGCCGCGAAAGCCGUACAACUUUAUGUCAAGACCCAAGGUGGUCUCGUAUCGUCCAG